GGCUCCAGUGGCCCUCCUCCCCGCCCUGCCCUUCCCUCCCCUGGCCUUCCCCGGCCCCCCUUUCCUCUCCCCUCCCGCCUCCCCCUUCCCCCCCACCCUGUUGCCCCAGGCCCACCCCCACCCCCCUCUGGGCACCAUGAACACCAACGUGUGCGUGGAGACGGGGCCCAACCCCGAGGCGCCGGGGCUGCCCAAGGAGAACCACCUGCCCGACGGCGCCCUCAACAGCCUUGUGGAUUACAACUCGGAGAUGGAGAGGUACCGCUCCUUCGCCACCUUCUACAAGACCAACGGCGGCGCCUUCCCGCAGGCGGCCAAGAUCGCCCGCAUCACCACCCCCAUCUUCCCCAGCGCCGCCGCCGCCGCCGCCGCCCGCAUCGGCAUGUCCCCCUGGAACUGCGACACCGCCACGGCCGCCGCCGCCACCGCCAUGCUGUGGGGCAGCGGCGCGGGGGGCGGCGGCGCCGGCGUGGGGGGCCCCAACCCCGCGGCGGCCGCGGCCGGCGGCGUGGUGGCGGCCCGCAAAGCCGCCUCCUCCUCCUCCUCCUCGGCGGCGGCUGCAGCAGCAGCAGCCGCCGCGUCGGUGGCAUCCUCGGCCGCCUCGCCCGCCUCUGCCCUGCACGCCGCCAGCAGGAGCGGCGGCGGCGGUUUGCACCAUCGCAACGAGUCGCAGCGGCUGGGCAAGCCUGGCUGCGCGCCCGCCGAGCAGCCCGCGUUGCAAAUGGCCAACAACAAUUUCCUCUCCACCUUGGCCCCCGAGCACUGCAGACCUUUGGCGGGGGAAUGCAUGAACAAGCUCAAAUGCGGCGCCGCCGAAGCGGAGAUAAUGAAUCUCCCCGAGCGCGUGGGGACUUUUUCCGCCAUCCCGGCUUUAGGGGGCAUCUCAUUACCUCCCGGGGUCAUCGUCAUGACAGCCCUGCACUCCCCGGCGGCAGCCUCGGCCGCCGUCACAGACAGCGCGUUUCAAAUUGCCAAUCUGGCAGACUGCCCGCAGAGCCAUUCCUCCGCCUCGUCGUCCUCCUCCUCCCUGGGAGCCGCCGGAGGAGGAGGAGGAGGCGGGGGGGCGGGAGGCGGCGGCGGCGGCGCUGGUGGAGGAGGCGGGGGAGGCGGCGGCGGGGGAGGCGGCGGGGCCGGCAACCCGGCCAAGAAGAAGCGGAAACGGUGCGGGGUGUGCGUGCCCUGCAAGCGGCUGAUCAACUGUGGCGUCUGCAGCAGCUGCAGGAACCGCAAAACGGGACACCAGAUCUGCAAAUUUAGGAAAUGUGAAGAGCUAAAGAAAAAACCUGGCACUUCGCUCGAGAGAACACCUGUUCCCAGCGCCGAAGCAUUCCGAUGGUUCUUUUAAGCAGUAGUAUAUCUUAUUUUCAAGGCAGCCUGAAGUGAAUGGCAAGCUAAAGUGUUGUUUUAAGAAACUGCUUAGUCCACCACUGAAGAAUAUAUUCAGAUACUAUUUUCAUUUAUGUAUAGGGGUUUCCUCAAAAAACAAAUUCUCAAGUAGAGUGGUCUCCAGAUAAGAGGGGGAAUCAAAGCAGCUCUGUAGAACACAUCUGGGAUGAAACCGAAUUUCCCCGGCUGAAAGGCCUGAACAUAAGAUAAUGCUGUUUCAGCACCUAUCCCGUCAUGUUC